AUGUCUGCUGGUAGAGGAAGAGGUGGGCUCCUUCUUGGAAACGCCAAUUCUUCACCAACCAUCAAUCAACAACAACCAACAAGUGUUAGUAGUGUAGCUGGCAUCGGUAGAGGAAAUGUUAUUUCCAGUGCUCCAGUUGUUGUUUCCACAAUAGCAAACAAUAGUAGCAAUAAUUCGGCCGGAAGAGGUUCAUCACUGUUGAGUGGUGGUAAUAUACCCACAACUACAACAACAACAACAUCAUCAUCAACUCCAAUAGUAAGUGCUGGACGGGGUGGAUUGAUGCGAACGAAUAAUUCAGGGCCUGUGAUAACCGUAAAGAGUGAAACCUCUACAAUACCACCAACAACAUCAGAUAAUAACUCUACUACCACUACACCAUCAUCUUCCAGUAAUAAUAAUAACAACACAACUCCUCUCUCGGCAGGAAGAGGUUCCAAAAUUUCCAAUUCCACUCAACCACCAAGCGAUGUAAAAUCAACACCAAAAGUGCAACAGUCAAUCAGCUCAUCGGAGGAAGAAGUGUCCUCUGAUGAAGAAUACCUCAGAUCUGUUUCUUCUAACAAGAAGAAGAAUAUGAGAAAAUCCAACAAGACAGAUUUAGACAAUAAUGAUUCUGAUUUGAGUGAAGAUGAAAGAGAAAUUAUCAAAAAGCUUUCACAAAGCUCACUCUCUGAUUCGUCAAAUCAAAAGAAUCAAGAAACAGGUCAAGCAGUUGCAUCAGCUUUUGGUCGUUGCCUUACAACCUCUCUCACCAAUGAAUCCUUUGUAAAGUCAUUUUUUGCAAACUCUCCAGAACGAUUGUCUCCCUAUUAUGAAAUACUCCACAACAAAAAACAUGUUAAUAAUUCAAACACCAAUUCUUCCCCUAUAAUUGAUUUUUUUAAAUUUGACACACCAUCUCCAGAUGAUCUCAUUAGUUCUGCUAGAUCUCAACAAAAAGCUAGUCACAAACCUCUUGAGGACUUUAAACCAAUUGAAAAGAAACAAACUCCUCAAAAGAAUAAGUCUAAGAAUACCACAAUUUUAGAUAUGGAUAUUGAUGAAUCAGAAAAGAAGGAACCACAAUCACCAAAACCAAUUAAAUCCUCUGGUAUUAAACACAAGGCUCCUGAGGAUAAGGAAAAGAAGCGUAUUAAUGUUGUUAUUAUUGGUCACGUUGAUGCUGGUAAAUCAACCUUGAUGGGACAUUUACUUUACAAAUUGGGAAAUGUUUCUGAGAAUACUUUACGUAAAUUCAAGAAGGAGUCAGUUGAAAUUGGUAAAUCAUCAUUCCACUUUGCUUGGGUAAUGGAUGAACAUGAAGAGGAAAGACAACGUGGUGUCACAAUGGAUGUUGGUGUACGAUAUUUCGAAACACCAAAUCGUCAUGUUACCAUUUUGGAUGCCCCAGGUCACAAGGAUUUUAUUCCAAAAAUGAUUACUGGUGCUGCUCAAGCUGACUUUGCUAUUCUAGUUAUUGAUUCAACUCCUGGUGGUUUUGAAACAGGAUUUGCCAAUGGAGGUCAAACUAAGGAACACUUGAUUUUAGCUAGAAGUUUGGGAGUUGAACAAGUAAUUGUUGUCGUAAACAAGUUGGACUCAAUCGGAUGGUCAAAGGAACGUUAUGAUAGUAUUGUAGCUCAAUUGGACGACUUUAUGAGACAAAUAGGAUUCCAAACUCAAGACGGUAGUCAUGUUUUUUAUAUUCCUGCUAGUGGUCUUCAAGGAGAAAAUUUGAUCACAAAAUCAGGAUCUAUUUCAUGGUAUGAUGGUCUUUCAGUUGUUGAAAGAAUUGACAAGUUCGAACCUAAACCUCGUGAUAUUGAAAAGGCCUUGAGAAUGUCGGUUUCUGAUGUUUAUAAAUCAUUGGCAACUGGUAUUACUGUUGCUGGUAAGAUUGAAACAGGUACUAUCUCAGAAGGAGACGAAUUGGUUAUUAUGCCAAUUAGAGAAGUUUGUACAGUUAAAUCCAUUCUUCGUCAUAAGAGUCCUGUCAAGCAUGGUUAUGCUGGUGACAAUGUUGAAAUUGGUUUGGGAUCUAUUGAUAUAGAAAAGCUUAUGGUUGGUCAAAUUCUAUGCCCUAUUGGAAAUGAAAUUAAGGUAACAAAUAGAUUCAAGGCUAGAAUUGCUACCUUUGAUAUGAAGAUACCAAUCAUUAAGGGUGCUCAUGUUGUUCUCCAUUUGCACAACAUUGAUGUUCCAGCUGUAAUUACCAAACUCACUUGUACCUUAAACAAGCAAUUAGAAAUACUUGAAAAGAAACCAAAAUGUAUUCCAAAGUAUUCGAAUGCUAUUGUAACCAUAGUUACUGAUAAUACUAUCUCAAUUGAAAAGUAUGCUGAUUUUGCCAAGUUUGGUCGUUUAACAGCUAGAGUGAAUGGCGAGACUGUUGCUGCAGGUGUUGUCGAAAAAGUUUUGUCGAAAAAGUAA